CCUUCUAUCUUACACUGUUUUAUGAGGCAUCUUUCAGUAGCUUUACCCUUUUUUGCGUAGAUCUAAUUCUGCGUUUAAAAUGUUUUGUUAUUUAAGACGGCAUCCUUGCAAAACAAUCGGCAAUUAUAUCUCAGUAUCUUGCUGGAAACUUUUUGAGUUCGAAAGAACAGAAGAUGCCAAGAACGAAGGUCUCAAAUAUACCCAAGAAUUAUUGGAUAUUAUAGUCACUUCAAAUUUGUGCAGCCCUUACAUUUUGACAGAUAUUAUGAAUGGCUUCUAUUCAAAACAUAAAAUAUCUCUCACAGAAAAUAUAAAGGAAGUUCUGGAUAGACCAGAGGGAAUUCUCAAAGGAUUGGAAACUAUUCGCACUGCCAAUUCUUGCUAUUUAAAGGAAAAACAUGGUAGAUUGGUCCUUUACGCUAACCUUCAAGUAAAUUCUUUGGAGUUGGUUUAUAAAGGGCGCAUAAAGGUGGCUAGCUUUUACCCUAUGGUUGCAAUUUCAGGACAUUUGUCUUAUGUUAACUUUAUUAUUGAAUUCAGCGUAGAUGCUGGAAAUGGCCAGCUUGGAGCUCUUCAUAAAUAUCUUAUUAUAUCCUUUGAUGGACUGCAUAUAAACAUUAAAGGGUUGUGGCCCUUUAAUCGACUUGUAAAAGCCCUCAUCGAAACUACAACAAUAUGUUGCAAAAGUUUCAUAAAAAGGCAGAUAGAACAUCAAGUAAAGCGUUACAUAAAUCAGGAAUUGGCUUCUUUUAUUUUUCCUAUUCGCCUUAAAGAAAAAUUCGACUCUGCAAGUACUGCUUGAAAUCCAGAUAUUUUCUCUGAAGAUUAACAAAAGAAUUUCAGAAUUAAUUAUUUUUACAAGCGGUAAACGAUCUGUUACAGAAACAAAACUUUUCUCAUCGAAUAAAUCGA